GGAAACUGUUGAUUGAUUGAGUUGAGUUGAGAAUACAAAUUGCAACUUUCCUUGAUACAAAUCUGGCCAACAUUGAAUUCCCAAGACAUUCUCUGAAAUUCCAGUUCUACAUGAUACUCAUCCAAUACUCCAAUCCGAGGAAAUUCAUUGAUCAUUAUCGUAUCUUCAUCCUUGUUGCGUGGUAAAUCGGAGCAACCAAAUCAAAAGAUCAUUACCCCUGCAUAUCUCCCCAUCAGUACUUCGAAGUUUGUAAAGCUUCAGAACGCGCAUAUUCGGCUUUGACGCGUCCGCAUUCUUCAUUGGAAUUUCGCAUCAAUUCGCAGAUUCGCAGAUUCGAUUCAAGUACAUCUGCGAAAAAGUACACGACGAGUCAUCAUCCGAAACCGUACCGUACGAUACAAUACAACACGACACGGCACAAGACGAUAGAUAACAAGAUGGAUCCAAAGAGAAAGGUUAAUGGUGAUAGCGCUGCGGAUCAAGAUGAUGCGGAUCGCGCUGCGAAGAGAAGAAAGCUUCCCAUUAAUGGUGAUCUAAGCCAAGGUCAGACACCAGAAACAACAACGUACUAUGGAUUGAUACUUUUGAAUCAACUGAGGGCGGGUCUGGAUAAACAGGGGCGACCUUUCGCGACCAAUUUCCUCACCCUCCCCGAUAGAAAAGAAUUCGCCGCCUAUUAUGCCGUUACGAAGAUGCCAAUCGCCUUUGACACCAUUCAAGAAAAGUUGGACAAUUUUGCCUUUGCUACUUUAUCUGAACUUGAGAGUUUCUUCAAGCGGUUGGUAAAAAACGCAAAGGAUUACAAUGAACGAGAAUCUAUAAUCCAUCGCGAUGCUGAACGGAUAAGAAAGGCAGUAGUCAAAUUUAUGACGGACAAUAAUCCAGAAUAUAAGACAAAUCCAGGAAUGAAGUUAGAGCCUACGCCUAUUGAAGUUCUCGAACCGAUCGAAUAUAAUCCGGGUUCUAAACCUGCUGGGUCUAUACCAGCACAUCCUAAGCAUGUUGAGCCCACGCCUGUACCGAUUGUGCAAGAUGAUAGUGAUAUAGAUGCGGAAGGAGAGCCAGAAGAUUUUGAGGCGGAAGAAAUAAAGAUUGAGCCACAACCAGUCAUAAAACGAAGAGGUCGACCCCCAAAGAAUCCCUUGGCACCACGUAAGAGCACUACUCCCGCAGUGUCCGACUCACAAUAUGCUGGUAUCAGCUUUGCGGGACUUAGUUUCCAACAAGCGCAAGAGAAGAUUUUAGCAGAUGUUCUCUCACAUAAAGAAGACCCAUCUGAUGAUUUCUUUGAGUUUGAACCAUUUGUUUCACUACCUCCACGUAGUCUGAAGGACUAUUAUCAAGUGAUCCCAAACCCACACUGCUUGAAGGAUUUGCAAAAGCGUGUUAAAGGAACUUUUGGGGGAAAGAAUGCCACGGGUGUCAGCGAUUUUAAGUCAUGGGCUGCUCUUGAAGAAGAUGCAAGUUUGAUAUGGAAGAAUGCAUAUCACUACAAUGAAGACGGAAGUGAUAUCUUCAACCUAGCAAGAGAUCUUGAGAUCUUUUUCAAGAAAACUUUGGAAGAAGCUAAGAAAGUUGUGCCCGAGCCCGUGAUUCCAAAGAUAAAAAUUAAUGUUAAGGCUCCUGAACCUACUCCGAAGAUCACUUUGAGAGUCGGAGUAGCUAGAGCAGCGGACUCACCGGCUCCAUUGACUAGUGGUUCCAACGGAACUGUAGCUUCUACAGCCUCUUCCAACAGCGAGACCCGUAGAAACCCAUUUGGUGGUUCCCACUCAGUUGCGACGCCUGCUCCAAGACUAGACCAAUUAGAAAGAGCUAGGAGUAUGUCAAAUUCUGCAGCAUCUCCAACCCUUUCUAAAAGUGUACUUGUAAAAGGCGAGGAAGCUUUGUGCAAUUCGCCUGCCCCAAUGCAAUCCACUCCAAGGCUCAUCAAUCAAACCGGCUCGACGCCAACACCGGCUCCAAGUAACAUGCUUCCACCAAAUACACCCAGUGCAUCUAAUCAAAACUCAUAUAAUCAAGGUGGCUAUGCACAAUCAUUUAAUCACCAACCCGCAAAUCUUGGGUUUGAUUCCAAAUUCAGGGCACCAGGGAAAAAUGCUUCUCAUGCUAUGAUCACAAAUCUGAGUAUCGCAACUCAUCCACGUCUUAAUGUUUCUCGUCAUUUCCAUAUGGAUCUACCCCCAUCCGCAACAUUGGCGCAACAAUCUAUCACGAUCAACCUCCCUUCGACGCAUUAUUAUCUUCAAAUCAAACCAACAAUCGCUCAAGCUUUACUCGAGCGUCAAUAUAAGAUCUUUGUUACGUCUGGAGUAACUAGAUUGCAUGCUAUACCACUCAUACCAAAUCAUGGAGUCGACCCCCGACAACCUCUUUUUGAAGCUCGGCUUGUUCCUGGUGUUAACAAGAUUGAAGUUGAAUUAAUUGCAGCCCUUCCUAAGGGUACAGUAAAGCCUGCUGGUGGGCCUGAAGUUGAGAUAGAAAAGGUCACAGUGUUUGCUAAUUUGAUGAGAAACUGACAAGAGUAUUGUUUUGUAAUCCAAGGCUAUGAGACUAACCUACGGUAGCAAUGGUAGGCGUUAUUUUGGCAUUCUGAUUUUCUGAGUCUAAGAUUAAAUAUUAGGGGGCGUCUAAGAGGCCUAUAGCAAUUUUGUGGUUUGGCAAAUGGUGAGGUUUGGCAUUGUACAAGUAAUUUAUGUAUCAUAAGAAAAUGGGGACGGCCAUGAUAUGAUAAUAGAGCUGUGUUAGAUAUCCAGUUCUGGAGUUUGAGAGGGGAGAAGAGGCACAUGUCCUUGGCGCGCGCCAUAUAAGUACUUACAACAUUCAGUAGAAAUAUGAACAGCGAAGAAGCCCAAUUUCCUAAUAAU